AUGUCUGAAACUGAAACUCCAGUGUAUGGGCCUUUCUUUGGAGUAAUGGGAUCUGCAGCAGCAAUGGUAUUUAGCGCUCUAGGGGCAGCUUAUGGAACAGCUAAAUCUGGCACAGGAAUUGCUGCAAUGUCCGUGAUGAGGCCUGAGUUGAUCAUGAAGUCUAUUAUUCCUGUAGUUAUGGCAGGUAUUAUUGCUAUUUAUGGACUGGUUGUUGCAGUUUUGAUAGCCAAUAACAUAAAAUCUCCUUCGGAUGGUUACAGACUAUACACUGGCUUCUUACACCUUGGUGCUGGGUUGAGUGUGGGACUCAGUGGACUUGCUGCAGGAUUUGCUAUUGGGAUUGUUGGUGAUGCUGGAGUCCGAGGAACAGCUCAGCAACCUCGUCUGUUUGUAGGCAUGAUUCUGAUUCUCAUCUUUGCUGAAGUUUUAGGUCUAUAUGGACUAAUUGUAUCGCUCAUACUUACUACCAGGGGCUAAGAUGCAGAUAUAUGUAAGAAACCAACUUGUUACUGCACACGUCGUGUUUUCACUGAAUAUUGUUUUAAUGUUGUAUGAUGCAGAGACUGGCAUAGAUUGUUGGCUAGCAUAUUUGGUCAAGUACAUUGGACUGAAGUAGCUGUCAUACACAGUUUAUUUAACUUUUGUGGUUGAAUUUAAUGUUACGAUUAGUAAAAUAUAUCUAGACAUGAUUUUUCUUCCAGUUGUUGGCUAUAACUGUAACUGCUGCAGAGAUUUAAAUAAUAAUAAAAAAAACAGUUAAUGUUGUAAAAGUUA